AUUUGAACGAGCGCUGUCCGCGGUGCUGAAACGCGUUCGCGGAGCCGCUGUCGUUCCUCGUCGCGCACGCGGAGCGGCGGCGCGCAGCAGCGGCAGCUCGCAGUCCGAACCUCGGGACCAUGGACACGGUUUUCCUGCUCGUCCUCGGUUGUCUCGGCGUCACUCGAGUCACAGCGGAUAGUUUGUUGCCUCCAGUCAAUGUGACCAUCAAAGCCGUGAAAGCAAACUUUGCCGUGGUGACAUGGGACAUUCCCGAGGGAGACCCCGUCAUCGGCUUUGCCAUCACACAGCAGAAGAAAGAUGUGCGCAUGCGGCGAUUUAUCCAGGAAGUCAACACAACCACACGCUCCUGUGCAUUAUGGGACUUGGAGGAGGAGACAGACUACAUUGUUCAUGUCCAGUCCAUCAGCAUGUUGGGGACAAGUCCACUGAGCGAACCUCUACGCUUUCGAACGCCGAAGGAGGCAGAGACUCAGGCCUCUAAGAGUAAAGACGAAGUGACGAUGGAGGAGGUGGGUCAGUCCACUCAGCUGAGAGCCGGCGAGCUCAUCAUCAUUGUUGUGGUACUCAUCAUGUGGGCAGGUGUCAUCGCUCUCUUCUGCCGUCAGUAUGACAUCAUCAAGGACAACGAGCCCAACAACAACAAGGACAAAGCCAAAAACUCCUCAGAGUGCAGCACUCCCGAGCACCCAACGGGGGGGCUGUUGCGCAGUAAGUUCCCCAAGAACAACGACAACAGCAACAGGAUGCCAUCUGUCAACAUCAUUGAGGUGUGACGGCCGACGUCUUCUUUUUAUCCAGACGGCAAACGAGCCGG